GCGUUAACUAUAGCGUUGUUGCUGAGGCUGAGCCCGGGGGAGGACGAUAUAAAGCAACAACACCCACCACUCCUAAAAGUCUUUGCUCUGAUACCAUUACUCAACUCGCCAUUUCAGCUGUCUUUUUCUCACUCCGAAACCCACAAACCAAACUCGUACCAUGCCGCCCCAGGAGCCCGAGCAACAGCAGCCGCUGCUACUGGACUCGGACCAGGAGGAGCAACAAGAUACCGCCUACGAAUUGGACGAGAAGGUCCUGAUAAUUGGAAUUGAUGAAGGUUCUGCCUCCGGGUCCGGCCACGCCCCGCCGUUCUCGUGGAAAAAGCUCUGGCUGUUCACGGGGCCCGGGUUCUUGAUGAGCAUAGCGUUCUUGGAUCCUGGGAACCUGGAGGGGGAUCUCCAGGCCGGCGCGAUCGCCGGGUACUCGCUGCUGUGGCUUCUCAUGUGGGCAACGGCCAUGGGACUGCUGGUACAGCUUCUGUCGGCGCGGCUUGGCGUUGCCACUGGGCGUCACUUAGCCGAGCUCUGCAGGGACGAGUACCCCACGUGGGCAAGGAUGGUGCUUUGGGUCAUGACCGAGUUGGCGCUAAUUGGGGCUGAUAUUCAGGAGGUUAUUGGGAGUGCUAUUGCUAUUAACAUUUUGAGCAAUGGAGUUUUGCCUCUCUGGUCCGGGGUCAUCAUAACCGCUUUUGAUUGUUUUAUCUUUCUGUUUCUUGAGAAUUAUGGUGUAAGGAAAUUGGAAGCGGUUUUUGCUGUUCUUAUUGGGACAAUGGCAGUUUCAUUUGCUUGGAUGUUUGGUGAAACAAAGCCAAGUGGCAUAGAACUUCUUCUCGGGAUUUUAGUUCCAAAACUGAGCUCCAGAACAAUACGGCAGGCUGUUGGAGUUGUGGGUUGCAUUAUUAUGCCUCACAAUGUUUUCUUGCACUCGGCUCUUGUACAAUCAAGGGAGAUUGACCAUAGCAAGAAAGGUCAAGUCCAAGAAGCUAUUAAGUACUACUCCAUUGAGUCCACUGUGGCCCUUGUUGUGUCAUUCAUUAUCAAUCUAUUUGUUACAACUGUGUUUGCCCAAGGGUUUUAUGGUACAGAAAUAGCCGAUAGGAUUGGCCUUCUAAAUGCAGGACGGUAUCUCCAAGAGAAGUACGGGGGUGGAUUUUUUCCGAUUUUAUAUAUUUGGGCUAUUGGGUUAUUAGCAGCUGGUCAAAGUAGCACUAUUACUGGUACUUAUGCAGGGCAGUUUAUCAUGGGUGGUUUCCUAAACUUGAGGUUGAAAAAAUGGAUGAGAGCAUUGAUCACACGAAGCUUUGCAAUCAUCCCGACUAUUAUAGUUGCUCUUGUCUUUGAUACCUCUGAGGGCACGUUAGAUGUUCUAAAUGAAUGGCUUAAUGUGCUUCAGUCAGUCCAGAUUCCCUUUGCACUUAUUCCCCUUCUUUGUUUGGUGUCAAGGGAGCAGAUCAUGGGCACUUUUAAAAUCGGCUCAGUUCUCAAGAUGGCUGCGUGGCUUGUGGCAGCACUGGUAAUAGUGAUUAAUGGGUAUCUUUUGCUUGACUUCUUCUCCUCUGAAGUUAAUGGGGUGUUGUUUGGAUCCAUUGUGGCUGCUUUUACGGCAGCAUAUAUUGGAUUUAUAAUUUACCUUGUUUCUUGGGGUGUUAAGUUUUCAAGUUGGCACCGCACAGUACAGCCGAAAACAGUAGCAGAGACAGUGGCUUGAGUAACCAAUCUCCAUUGCUGGUUGCAAUUGCUGGAUGUUUAAACAUACAGUAUCAGUAACUGCCAGAUGGAUAAGUUGCUGUCAUGCUGCAUUUGCACAGAAGACUUCUGGCUGAGCAUUAUCCUCAAUCUUUAAGCAUAGACCAGUUGUCUAUAAAUCUGAAACCAGUGGUUUAUUGUUUCAGUGCUGUAUUAAAAAAAUCAAUGCAGUUGUUUAUGUAUGAUAGAACUUGUUUCUAUAUGAAUGAAGCAAGGCCACAUGAGGCUGCUUCCCAUUCGAGUUCUAGGUGGCGUAUCAUUCUAGUUGCAACGCCUGUAGUCAACUUGGCAAUAUUGAAAUUGGUUUUGGAAAA